CCCUUUUCCAACACCCUCGAGGGUUAGAAAUGGAAAAGAAAGAAUUAUAAUCGAAGCCCAUCGGAACGCCUCCUCUUCCUCCAUCAGAUCUGCCCGCGACUCCGUUCAUCGAAACCCUCUCUCUCUCUCUCUCGCUCUCUCGAGUCCCGACUCUGCUCAUCGAAACCCUCUCGAGUUCCGAUUCUCGCCCAGGAUUUCCGCCCAUCCCCCUCUCGAUCGCGAUCCCGCGGGCGUCUUGGGAUUCGAGAGCGACGGGAGGAUGCGGAGUUCGAUCGCCACCUACAGAGAGAGCCUCUCCCGGAUUGCCAACGAGGUGCUGGACACCGCCGACGAGCUCGAGGCCCCCCGGUCCCGACUCUCAGAAGGUGAGUCACCGGCCUCUGCACGUCGGCUUCCCCGGCGGUUGUCUCGGAUUUCGCCCCCGACUGGUUCUCCCACCGCCAAUGGGGUUGAUUCCGGACCCCAGGACGAGAUAGCCAAAUAUAAAGCUGAUAUCCUGAAGCUUCAAGCAUCUGAGGCUGAAAUUAGGGCACUGUCGGUGAAUUAUGCUGCUAUACUAACGGAGAAAGAGGAGCAACUUUCUAAACUUCGUGAGGAAAAUGGUUCUUUGAGGAAAAGUUUGGAGGCUUCUGCAUUACAUCCAUCAAGGGAUGAGAGUCACAAAACUUUAACAAAUAAUUCUAAUGCACUGAAGGGAAAUUCUGAACAUUCACCUGGCAGACGACAAAGACAUUUUUCUCAAGAAAACUCACAUUCUACAGGAAAUCAUACACCGAAGUCUAAUGUCCCUAGGCAGGAUGGAUUGAGCAAUGGGGCAAUGCAAAAACAUGCAAAUUCACAUGGCAAUGGAAAGGAAGGUCCAGGUUUGCUUCAUGAAAACAAAUCUGCGGCUGCAUCAAAGUCAAGUCUUGAGGCUGAUAUUGAAAGAUUAAGGGCACAACUUGACAAAGAAUGUCAAAAUGCAGGAACCUUAAAACAAAAACUGCAAGAGGAACGUCAGCUGAAUGAGUCUUAUCUGAGCAAUAUCAAUGAUCUCAAGAUGGAUAAGGAGAGGAGCUCUAUUGAGUUGAAAGAGUUGCGCAAGGAGUUAAAUGAGAAGAUAUCAGAAUUAGGACAACUAGAUGCAGAACUGAAAAAAAGAGUCAUGGAACAAGAAUCUAAUAUUUCUCUUGAGAAUGCAAAAAAUUUGAUUGUGACUUUAGAGAAGGAGAAUGCCAAACUCAAGAUAGAGAAGGAUGAACUUGAACAGAAUCUAAAACUACACGUGCAGAGUACAUCUGAGAAGGCAGUUGACACUACCGAGGAUGUGGAGAAGAUGACACUUUCAAUAAAGAGGUUGGAGGAAGAACUGAUGGACACCCGCAAAGGACGGGACAAAGCAUUACAUGAAUUGGCUCGACUCAAGCAACACCUACUAGAGAAGGAACUUGAGGAUUCAGACAAGAUGGAUGAGGACACUAAAAUGAUUGAGGAUCUUCGUGCAAAUUGUGAACAGCAAAGAGCUCACGUAAUGCAGUUGGAGAAGGCUCUGAGGCAGGAAAUAGCAAAAAAGGACGAGCUUAAGAAACUAAAAUCUGAUGAACUUCGUAACUCAAAUGAAACAAUUAGUGAUCUAAAGCAAAAAUUUGCUAACUGUAUGAGUAUAGUCAAUUCGAAAAAUGUUGAAUUGCUAAAUCUUCAGACAGCCCUUGGACAGUACUAUGCUGAAAGUGAAGCCAAGGAACGGUUAGGAAGAGACUUAUCAAGGGCAAGAGAAGAAGCUGCUAAACUUUCUGAGUCGUUGAAGGUUGCAAAUCAAGAGCUGGUAAUAGCAAAAAGAGAAAAAGAAGAAAUAGCUGCUAAACUCGCACAAACUGAGAGGAUGUUGUCAGAGGGAAAGAACUUCAUACAGAAGCUUGAGGAGGACAACACAAAGUUGCGCCAUGCUCUUGAGCAGAGUGUAACAACACUAAAUAGGAUGUCACUGGAUUCAGAUAACCAUGUUGACAGGCGAAUAGUGAUCAAAUUGCUAGUGACAUACUUCCAGAGGAAUCACAGCAAGGAGGUUUUGGACCUUAUGGUUCGCAUGCUGGGUUUUACUGAGGAGGACAAGCAGAGCAUAGGUUUUGCUCAGCAUGCUGCAGGCAAAGGUGUUGUUAGGGGUGUACUGGGUCUGCCAGGUCGCCUAGUCGGAGGCAUUUUGGGAGGAAGUUCACCUGAAACAUCAUCCAGAGUUGCUUCGGAUAAUCAGUCUUUUGCAGACCUAUGGGUUGAUUUUCUUCUUAAAGAAACUGAAGAAAGAGAGAAGAGGGAAUCUUCGGAGGCGUCCAGCAGGAGGAGCACGAGCUCGCCACUGGAGCAUGGAUCAAAGUUACAGACUAGUAGUGUUUCCGGUUCACCUACCGGACAAACAAUAUCCACAACUCCCCCUCCAAGAAGGUACCACCAGAUCCUUGACCAUGCGGAUGGUGAAUUUGCCACGGUGCCGCUUACAUCCUCAGCCUCGACUCACCCAGCCCAAAGUAGUCGCUCAAGACCGCCAACCGGCUAUUAUUGACUUCACAGCAUUUCCAUUUGUCCGUUAAAAUCAUUUGUUUGUUCAUAUGAGAAAAAUACCUUCUUAUUAUUUUGUUGAUCAUGAAUGCUUGUGUCUAUAUUUGUAAAUUAAAUAUCCUUUUUGAGUGACGACGUCUUUUCCGGCA